AUGCCUGUCUCAGACGAGCAGUUCUUGCUCAGCUGCCUGAACAAUAUCGAUGGAAAGUUCAAUUUUGCUCAGAUCGGCGUGGAAUGUGGCAUGAGCGCAGCCACAGGAGCCGUCCAGAUACGUCUUCGUCGCCUGAAGGCGAAAUACGCCAAAAGCCUCACGGGUGCACCAAAAGAGAAAGACAAGGGUGUGGCGCCAAAUGACAGCCAGGAAGAAGCACCCGACGACACACCAGCAAAGGUAUCCCAGGGCUCAGCCAGACAGGCUAAGAAGCGCAAAGUCAAGCUGGAAACAGCGGAGGAAGAUCAUUGGCCUUCUUUUGAAAGUUCCCCAGGGGUGAGAAGACAUGAAGAUGCUUCAAGUUUGCGAUCUAUGAAUGAUCAACCAGCUCAGGCCUGA